CUAUACCAAAGAGGAAAAAGAACUGCGGGCUAGUGCAUUGUAAUAUUAAUAAAUUAUUUUAAGAAUAUAGUGAAUAUAAAGCAAAUAUAAGUAAGAUAUAAAAUACAAUACAAAGUAUAUACAGAGAAAUAGAUCAGGCAGAGCUCAGCUUGAUGAAAGUCCCUAAUUUUUAUAACGAAAGCCUCUUGACAGUUGUAACUUGUAACAAACAUUUCAUCAAUCGAUAAAUUACGGGAUGAAGUGCCUUUCCCAUCACUACAUCGAAUAAAGUGAAGUUGGCGAUUACGAGAAUGAGAAUCGUCUGAGUUUUUUCUAUUUUAUGUAAGUACGUUCUAUGCGUAAUGAAUUUUCACAAUAGUAUUUUACAUAGUGCGGGUUGAGCGUUGUAUUCAGUUUUCAAAAUAGCUAUAAAUUAAAAACGAUAAAUUGUUGGGUUCGUGUGUAACGUGCUUCUAGUCAGUCUGUGUUUGUCAUCCAUCAAGUUUGGACUUCAGUGCGCCAUUGCAGUUUACUCCACAAUAUAAAAAACAACUGGAAUGUGUUGAUUCUCUGGCUCAAUGUGGUUAGAGCAGCGAGUACUUUUAUUAGUAAUGGAGUGAUACUUAAAUAUUUUGCAGUUAUGGCAAAUCAAUGUUAUUCUAAAAAAUCUAAGUGUAGUGGAUUGAAAAGAGGCCCGCAGUACGGAUUAUGGAUCUUGUGCACCCUCAUAAAGUGUUUUAUUAGUUUACCUUGUAUAUUUUCAUCAUGUCUUGGAGUGGACUUAUCCGUUCGUAUUAAACCUGAGGGGGAGGUGCGAGUACGUUACGGUGAUCCUUUGAUAAUAUAUUGCAUAGUUGAAAAUAAUGAAUUUACCAGCUACACAUCUCAAGAUCUUGAGUUUACUUUGGGAAAUCAACGUGUAGAGUCCCAGAUUGUCAAUGAUACCACUAUACAAAUGUAUAUAGAAAAACCAGAGAAACAACUCAAAGCAUACUAUUGCUUAAAUAAAAAAACUAGGAAAAAAUGCACUACCAGAGUUCUUGUUGAUACACCACCCUUGAAUGUCACAGAUUUUAAAUGUGUCUCGAGGAACCUUGAAGUUUUAAAUUGCUCUUGGAGUAGUCCGUCAAGUGUUCUCACCAUCAAUUAUUCCUUGACCUUCCUGGUCAAUGGUAAUGUUGUUCCACCCUGCAAACCAGAUAAAACUAGAUUGUAUUGUACAUGGAAUACUAGCAGUGAACCACGAUACAGACAGCAAGAAGAUGAAUAUUUUUUCAUAUUAAAAGCUUCUAACGAAUUUGGUGAAAAUAACCAAAACUUCACUAUUGAUCAUUUUGCAAUAGUGAAACCAGACAAACCGACACAUUUGACACUCUACACUGUAAAUCCUCACAGUAUUGUGCUGAAAUGGAACAUUCCCAAUACUAUGGCAAAUCUCCUUACUUGUGGUGUUGAUCAUAGAAUUGAGUAUCAAAUUGCUAAAAUUGAUAAUAAGACUCAUUUUCAUAGUGUUGAUGCAUCUGGAUUACCACCUAAUAACAAAACUUAUAAAUUCCUAUUGAAGGAUCUACCUUAUGCUUUUAUGCCAUAUGAAGUAAGGAUAUACAUAAAAUCAAAAAAAGCUGUGGAUGAAGAAUUUUGGUCAGAUUUUACCUUUAUUGUGUUUAAUACUGCCAGCGAGAUACCUAGGAGGCCACCGGAACUAGUAGCUGGCGUUUUUAGUGAAGCAGAAUUUCAUGAACAAAAAAUGAUUUGGGUUUACUGGAAACAACUUGAAGAAUAUGAAGAAGCUGGACCAAAUUUUACUUACAAAGUUCAAAUCUCACAAAGCAAUGUAAAUAAGAUUUUGUAUCCUGAUAAAAAUAAAAGUUUGAGUUAUGUUGAACUUACUGCACCUUGGGAGCCAAUGGAGGUCACAAUUUGGUCAAAAAAUGAAAAAGGUAUAUCGGAAAACAGUAGCCACCUGUACAUACCAUCUAAAACUGAUAGCAGCCUGAAGGUGACCACUUUCACUCAGUUAGCUUAUGAAGGUGGAACAUACAAACUGUCUUGGGUUGGUAAAGAGAAAAUUAAUAAUUACACUUUAUUCUGGUGUCAGUACAAUGUUACACUUAUUUGUACUGGUCGUAUGAAUUUUACCAUUUUAGAUGCAACUAAGAAUAGCUAUGAAAUAACACUGCCUAAAGAUCAUAGAUACCAGUUUGCAAUUUCUGCAAAUAAUGGUACGAGAACAAGUGGCCUAAGAUGGGCCACUUGUGCAAUAUCAAAAGAUUCAAUUCCAAUGUAUGGUUUCCCAGUAACAGUAAAAAAUGAUGCUCCAGGAAAAUCAUUUGUAAGAGUCACAUGGACAAUGACAUGUUCAUUGCAAGAAAGAAUAAUCACAGGCUAUCUUCUAAAAUAUUGUAUUGUGGUGAAUACAAGCAAUUCUUGUGACCCGACUUUUGAAAAAAAAUCGAUAUAUAUACCAAAUCCUGAGCAAAUGAGUGUAAAUAUUACAGAUUUAUUACCUCAUAAAACAUAUUUGUUCACUUUAGAUCUUAAUACUACUUAUGGAUUGAAAACUGUAAAUGCUUCAAGAGCUAUUACUACAACAGAAGAUACUCCUACAAGCCCAAGAAAUGUGUUAGUUACAGAUGUCCAAAGUAAUUCUUUGGUAAUAUCAUGGGAUCCUCCAAAUCCUAGAAAUGGUAUAAUUGGACACUAUGCCAUAUUAAAUUAUGGAAAAGAAAUUUACACUGAUAUGGUUGAUGAAGAUAGUAAAGAUGUCAUGAGGAGAAAUGUUACUCUGAAAUAUCUUAUUAGCUUUCAAAAUUAUUCAUUGUCUGUACAAGCUUGUAAUACUGGAAUACAUAGCUGCUCUAAAUCAAGUCCUACAGAAUCUAUUUUUGUUAGAACUAAAAUAGGAGCUCCAAGCAGAUUGAAAGCACCUGUAGUAAAAAAUAGCCCAGACAUGCUCAAAUGGGAACCACCAGAGAUAGCUGGAGGUACUGUAGAUCUAUACCAAAUAAGAAAAAUUAAAGAUGACACUGACCCUGAAAUUGUAAAUACUACUAAUUUGUCAUAUCAACUUAUUCUUUGCCAAGGUGUCAUAGAACAAGAAACUUACCAAGUUAGAGCUGUGAAUUUUGAUUAUGAUGGUGAUGUGAUGGCUGAUACAAAAUAUGUCACUCUAUCAGAUAAAAUAGAUAAGGAAAAUAUUGAGCUUGCUGGUGAAUGGAGUGAGCCAAGUACAGUUACUUGUAGAAGCAAAGAUGGUCUUACUGUGACAUUAAUUUUUAUGACUGUUUUUGCUUUACUAGCUAUGGGAUAUGGAAGUAUUAAAUUAUAUAAGAAAUAUCGAAAGAUGGGUGACAUCAAACCAGUUUUACCUGAUGGGUUGAAUAUUCCUGAGAAGGAUUAUAAAUUGCCAUAUGGAGGUUGGAACCCAUCUAGCAAAGAUGAAAAGUCAUCUUCAGAUGAAAUUCUGCUGUUACCUAAUUCAAAAGGAGUGGUACCAUCCCCUGAUGUCAAACAAAAAGACAAUAGUAAUUGUGGUUCAAGUGACCACACUGACAGUACAGUUUUGUCUGACACCUCUCGUGGUCCUGUUCAAAGAUUAGCUUCCACUUCAGAGGAAAGCUCUAAUUCUUCACUUAAUUUAGAAGUAGAUACAGUUAAAAUUGACGAACACUUGCCACAUCAAGAUGGAUAUUCAUUAGAUAAUUCCGAUGUUGAAAGCUAUCGUGAGAAUUCUCCAUACUUCAAUGAAAAUUUUGGAAAAAGUCAUGCACCUGUUGUAAAUCCUUCCUCUGGAUAUGUGGAGUCAGUUCCUACUAUGAUGAAAAAUCUCCCUCCAAAGUCACCAGUGCAGCCAGCUAGUUCCAGUUAUGUAAUGGCCAGUCUUUCCCCACCAAUAUUUACGACCGGCAUUGUACCGCCUAAUAUAAGCGUUCAAUCACCUACCUCAUCAGGAUACAUGCGUCAUGAUGAUGCUCAAAUUAAGUCAUUAAUGAACUUACCAAACAUAGGCCUGUCACCUACAAAGGUGCUUGGUCCUGAAAGCUUGCCUGCUAUGCCUAGCUUGCCACAACCAGCGAAACAUGGUCCAGAUAGCAGUUAUAUUCAACUGCAAUCUUUGGAUGCCAUACCUAGUCUUAAGCCUACUGUGCGUAAUGCAGUGCCAUUAAAACCGCAAGCAAAUAGCGGUUAUGUUAGUCCUAAUGAUCCCAUAAUUAAUAAGCAUCUAAAUUUAAUAAAUUCGGGUCAGCCAGUGGAAGAGUCUGCCAUUUUAGACCCAACGAUGUCACCUGACGCAUACUGUCGGUUCUCAUGGAGUACAGAUCCAGCAAAGGAUAAUCUUCAAUCAAUAUACUCACCUAAAAAUUGA